AUGCGAUACGAAAUGCAAACUGCAAGACGUCGGGACUGAGCCGAAUAAUCACCUCAACUCACCCGCCUGCGGUCAGGACAUGGUUGGUAUUCAGCUGCACGAUCCGAUUCACAAGUCACAAUCACAGAGCUCACAACCAAUCGGUGGCACUCCAUUUGAGAAUACAACCAAUCUCAAUUCCUUGAUUCAUUCAUUGAAUUCCCCUUCGUGUCAUGCUUGCUUGCUUGCCGGUGGCAUGGUAUGCGCAUCCCAUCUCUGUUCAGCUCAGCCCAUCAGCGAGCCCGAACAGAAAGACGGUAUGACAUCUGAUCCCGAGUCCCUAUCCGCCGAAACCGGAAGACAGCCUUUGCUUGCUUGCAUUCGCAAAUUUCAUAUCGUAGCACCCUCGAUUGCAUUCAUCCACCGAUAUCCCGUCCAUUCAAUUCCUCCCUUUUCCCAUUUUCUCGUAUGUACCCAUGAGAAAGCCCUUUUCUCCACAUACCAGCCAGCCUGGGAUAGAAUCCACAACUUUUUCCCCGAAAUCCAAAAACGGCAAGACAAACUCGAACUGGAAGAGAGUAGGCGCGCUGAAGAGUACCGCAGCAGCAUGCAACUGUCCCUUGAAACAAAUAACAUGCAAGAAAGAAAGACGCUCAAAAGUACAAGGAGGAAAGCUCAAAGCAAAAGCAAUCAUGAUCCCACCGCGCAGAAAUGCUCAAUACCAGUCCGGAUGGAAGAAUUGCCGUCAAAAGUACUGCUCCGGUUGAGAGCAUUGGUCGUAAAUUGCCCCAUUAACACUCGGUUCAUCCGCCUCGGGAACUCAAAUUAAUUGACUACGCUCAAUGAAGAGGUAGCCAGUAAGAACACUUCCCUCCUAAUCCAAUCCUGGAUCUCCACUCUGAACAGACUAGGCAAGGCCGUAUCAUCGUGUCGGAAAGAAUCGUUCGUGUGAACGUAAAGCUUGAUCAUUGUUCAUCUCGUGACUGGUGCAAUAUGGGAAGCGUCCAAUUUAACCUCGAAUUGCUGUGGCCGCAUGAGUGUCGUGAAGAAAACCAGCAUGCAAGUUGUGGUACAU